CACACAAGGCAGGGCCAAAGGGUUAAUAAUUUAGGGAAUUGCCAGCUAUAAAGAGUUUGUUUACCGACCAGCACGCUCAGUUUACCAGCUAGCAGAGUAACGGGGAUUUAGAGUAGACUAUUUAAGGCUGAUCUGCGGUAUUUUCCGCUCCUCAUUCCCAACCCUCCUCCUUUUUUCUUGAUGUACUUUUAAUGAUUACAUGAUCUUAAAGAGGAAGAGGACAGAAGACAGGGGCUCCCUUCUGGGCCACACCUCCCUUUUGUCGGAGAAAUUAAUCCCCGGGGAUUUCUGGAAGAGGAGGAGGGGAAAGAGCUGACGGCGGCGGGUCAGUCGAACAGCUAAGCUAAGACAGCCUUCUGCAAAGAACGCACAUCUCGGUGAGCGCCCAGCGUGAAUUCCCGUGGCCUGCGCUGCACGCGGGGCUGCCCCGGCACCCGCCCCCUGCCUCUGCCUGCGCCUGAGAAGUCUGGAAACCCCCAGCCGCUCUUCCAGAACCCCGCUGGGGCUUGGCGUUUGCAGCUUCGUACUUUUCUUAGCCAAGUGAAAAAAGAUAGUCUUUGAUUUCCGGCAAGGCGGAGGCUGCAGGGAGAAUCUGUUCUAUUUUAAAAUGUAUUUUUCGGGGGGUGGGGGAGAGCGGUGAGUGGAAGUGGGAGAAAACGUUCCCCCAGAUACACGCCCGCCUUGGUCCUGAGCCUCAGGGAACCGCAAACCGGGGCAGUGCAGCGUGGGGCACCCGACUCACGUGGAGAGUUUCCCGGGCUAGGAGAGUUGGGAGAGCGCGCGAGGAGCCUCCGCAGCUCGCCUCGUCUCGGAAGGGGGCUGCUCUACCCUAUCAUCCGCCCCCGCUGGCCUCUCUGGCUCCCUCGCACCCAGCUCACGCCGCCCGAGGCUGAGCGGGGCGGGGCGCCAGCAUGGGGUUGCUGUCGGGGGACUGCCAAGAAGGAGGCGGCAACGGCCGCGGCAACGGGGAGCAACCGGCUGGCCCGGGCUGCGUCGCGGAGGAGGAGUCCUUCCCAGCCCUGAGAGCCGGAGAGGAGAAAGAGGACGAGGGGGCGGAAGAAGACUACGAGGAGUAUGUGGACUUUUCCCUCCUGCCAGAUGCUCGCAGCAUUGCCUCGGACGAUUCCUUCUACCCGUCUGAUGGGGAGGACGGCUGGCUGGAGCAGGGCGAGCCCGAGUCCUGGUGCUGCUCAGAGGUGGAGGACUACGCGGACGAGGGGGCCGUCCCGGAGGCGGUGUCCCUCUUCAGUGCCGCCAGCACCAACAACGUGGGGCUGCUGAGAGCGCUUAUCCGCCGGGGACCUAGCGCUGAGGAGGUGCAGGAGACCGACCGCAACAGCCGGACUGGCCUUAUUGUUGCCUGCUACCAAGGUUUUGUGGAUGUUGUAGUAGCCUUAGCAGAGUGCCCUCAUGUUGAUGUAAACUGGCAAGACAACGAGGGGAAUACAGCACUAAUUACAGCUGCACAGGCAGGGCACAUAGUCAUCACCAACUACUUGCUGAACUAUUUUCCUGGUCUUGACCUUGAAAGAAGGAAUGUAUUUGGGUACACAGCUCUGAUGAAAGCUGCCAUGCAAGGUCGGAUUGAAUGCAUCCGCGCUUUAAUGUUGGCAGGAGCAGAUGUCCAUGCAACCGAUCCCAACAGAGGGAUGACUCCACAGGAAUGGGCAUCUUACACAGGCAGGUCUGAGGCUGUCUGGGUUAUUCAGAGACUCUUGGACAGGCCCUGUCCAGAGCAGUUCAGUGAACAGUACAAGCCAGACUGGCCAGUGGUGAAGGACAUUCUUGUCAAACCAGCAGAGCCCAAGAGCUGUUUACGGAGGCUAACUGAGUGCUUUCGGUCAAUCUUGUCUUCCCGUCAUGUCCAAGGACCUGAAGAUGGGGGAGUCCUUGACCAUAUGGUUAGAAUGACCACGAGUCUCCACAGCCCUGCUGUGGCAGUUGCCUGCAAGACUGUGUGCCCUGAGAACCCUCCCUGUGUGGGGAAGAGGCGCCUUGCAGUGCAGGAAAUCCUCUGGCACCAAAACACUGGAGAAGCCCAUGAUCAUGAGAAGGGCAAGGUGGAGAGCUUUAAGGUCUUUCAGAGCUCCCAGGUUGAGAUGGCUCCCCAAAAGACAGACAGGAGAGCAAGUCUUCAAACUUGCAACUUUACAACUGCUCAGGGGAGCUCUGCAGUCUCUCGGAAGGCCAGCCUCUUACCCCUGCAUUUGUUGAGGAGGAGUAGUGUGAGGCCAGGCUUUGUCAUUCCAAAGGUCCGCAUCAACAAGGCCCCCACUCCCACUUUUCAGCCAGAGAGAGUGAAGAAGAAGAGCAGUGUGAAGGAUAAUACCUAUUUGCAGAUUCCUAAGUGGAGAUACAAGGAAGCAAAGGAGGAGAGGAGAAAAGCAGAACAGGCAGAAAAGAAGAAAACAAUGGAAGCUUCAAAAGAAAGACGAGUAUCUCCCUGGAGGAACAGGACUUGAACCCAUGGUGGAGUUCUAGCAUCUGGGAUCAGCUUCCCAAAUGCAGGCUCGAGGGGCGUUCUGCUUGGCCAGUAGCCAUGCAACAUGGGGGCAUUCCUUUAGGUCAUGCUGAGAAGGCAUGUGGAGAGAAAGUAGGGAGCAUGCUGAAUGAACACAAGGGCUUGGGGAGAUUCAGCUCACAUCAGCUGCUUGAGCCUGUCGAGUGAAAAGGUGACGUUUUCCUUUGCUGCUAUGUCUAACUCAGGGCUCCAAGGUUCCUGUAUUGCCUAUCUUCUCCUUUGGUUUGAGUAAAAAUAUAGAAAUCGUCAUGGUGAAUUGGUAAUGCUGCUGUGAGAUUUGGGAGCUGGGCAGAAUUCAGGUAGGCAUCUGCCAGGUAUGAAGAAGGCAGUUACUCUAGCUAAUGGAAAACAAAUGACCUAUAUAAAUUCCUCCCCCAUCUCCAAGGGAAGGUGGGUGGUAUGGCUUGUGCUGGUCCCUCUUCAACCUCACCCCAAACUCUCUCUUAAUUUUUCCCCUCAUUGUGGUCCUAGAUGUUCUUUUGACCUAGAUUUCACCACUUAAAAAUAUAAGUAAAGGGAAGCAGGAAGGGAGUAUAAACAACUCCCAUUGGGAUGGCCUAUACGCUGUACAAGAAACCCUGGUACCACUUGUAUCUCAGAGCCAAUAAGGAAGGGUAGUGAAUCCAUGACCAUAGGUAUUGUGGUGGAAUAUUUGUAAUGCACACACUACUGGCAACCCUUCAGUCCUGUAGAAUGGCAUAGAGAUACCAUACAUUUCCAAAUUCCUGUCCUCUCCCCCAUUCCUCCCAUACUCAAGGACAGUGCAGUUAAGUGCCUCACACAGUACUGUGCAUACACUAGACAAAAUAAAUGUUUAUGAAAUUGAAAUUUAAUUGAAUCACAUCCACCUGGUACUAAUGAUAUCUCUUUGUAAUAUUAGAACUUCAGCAUUCAGAUGUUAUCUUUGCCAAUUCCAACAUUGUCAGGGGGUCUAUCUAUAAAUUAUGUACAUGAGUGGUUCCUGAAAUGUGGGCCACUUACUUCAUCUAUUUUAUGUGAUUAAAAAAAAACGUCAAAUUCUAUCUGGAUUAACAGGAGAUUUGUAUUUGUUUGGGAUGUUCCUACUGAGGUCAUCUGUGUUUUACAUCUGGAUUUAUUAAAUUAUUAAAGCCAAUCAAAAACAAAAGUAUAGACAUUUUCAUAAUAAAAAAGAUGAGAGGGCAACCUGCAAGCCUUCACUGGUCCCCAGAAUUAUAUCUGUAGAACCAGAGCCACCAGUAUGGAGAGAUAUGGAUAAUUCUCAUUCUCUGCCAUUUGGAAAAGAUGACAUCUCUUAGGUGGAAGCAUAUUGCUAUAAUGAAAGAAGUGUGUGAUGGUCAGAGCUCCCCCCUUUAUUCUUUUCUUCCUUUUCUAUCUUGUUUCUAGCACUGGGACGUCAGGGGGCAGUGUGCAUGUAAAUGGAUUGAUUAUCAAACUUAGGAAGUGAUAAUCUGUUAACUCAGCUUUUGUGCUAAGAGGAUACAAAUGCAGUGACAGAUGUCCACCUCUACUGGGUAGUUAGCAGCUCAGCUUCUCACCCUUCUACAAGCAUCAUCUACCCCAGAGCAGUCAUUAUGUCAAAGAGAGUAAAUUUGAUGUCCCAAGUUCUUGCUGGUACCUAGUGAGGUUAGAGGUUGGGGAAGAAGGUUCUGUUAGCCAAAUGUUUGAAGGACAGUCCCUCUGUCAAAUCAGUGAUAGGUACAUUGUUUGUAUUGUGACAGUACUUCCUAUGUUCCCCCAAAGGUUGGUCAUUUAAUAUUGUACAGAUGUCAUUUAAUACUGUAUAGUAUUUAUUAGGCAUGCCCUCCUCUGGUGCUGCUCAGGCCCCUGCCUCAUCAUAUGCCUUUGGCAACUGUUCAAAACUUGACCAGGUUAUUGAUACAGCUGAGCUCCACAUUUCUCUAGCUAUCAUAUAGGAUUAGGAAGUGAGAGUUUUGGAUGUUACUACAUUUUUUCCUAGCUUCAGUCACAGGUAAAGGACACUUUGGGGUCCACAUACUGAAUAGGCAAACAGUAAAGAGAAUGCUUAUGAUGUCAGCAAAAUGAGCCUUAUAUAUUUCUUCUAAACUGUCAAGCCAGCAGGUUUUGGCCAAGCAAACAUGUUCUUGGCAAGCCAGAUGCUGUGUUUGUCACUUUCCCUGUUAUUGAAGAAAACAAGAUAAUUGGUCAAAGGAAUACAGUGGAAAAGGCAUAAUGUGGAGCACAGAGUUAGUUGGGUGUUCGCAGGAACAGAGAAAUAGUUAUUGCGUGUGUUAUUUGUGUAUGUAUAUGUGUGGGCACAUUAUGUGGAAAACAGAAAAUGAACAAAACUAGUGAAUGUUUAGUACCACAUUAGGGUACAUGGCUUAUCCAACUAUAUCGUGAACUCCUCACACCCAGACUCUGAAGGGAAGGCAUUUUACAUUAUUUCUGCACUUUUUUUCCCCUCAUGGCUGGCUUGUUUGGUUCUUCUCGUUUUUCUCCCUGAAUAAGCAGAUUUACUACUACAGCAAUCUCACAAGGCAAGGAAGUCGUUUUCCAGGCCUGUCUCCCAGCUGUAGCAAAGACGCUUAUGCUCUUGUUUUGUAACCCAGCCACAGGAUGGGAAAGGGAGGGAGCAACUCUCCAUUCAAUAGUUGACAAUGUCAGCAGAAUAGGUUGAUGAAAACUAAAGAAAAAUAUAGAUACACUGGGUUUGUUCUCUGUUUUCUUUGGGUGAGCUAGUUCAGCCAACCUCAGUAGGGGAGAAAGGUUUCCUAUGGGGAAGGCAUUGAGUUCUUAGGAAAGAUAAUUAGGUUGUUUAUUCGCCUUCCCUUUUUUUAAAAACAAGUUUCACUAGAGUAAGAAACUGGCCCUCUUUGUCCGUACUGGGGAAGAGAAUCAUGGAACUUAUUAAUGUAUGUCAGUUAAGUGUGAGUGUGUCAGAAGUGUGUCAAACUUGGCAGACUUGAAGAGUGUUCUUCCACUGUUACCAUCAAAAUGGCACUCGGGUUGGUUUGUUUGUUUUUCCCAGUUGCCAUAUUUGCUAAGGUUCAAUAGUUGUUCUCACAGAACUCUUUUCUUUACCUUUCACUCCCUCCCCACUACUUCCUUUUGGGGCUGAAAAGGAAAAAUGGAAGAAUAAGUGUGACUAUUAAACAUUUUCCGCCUCAUUCCCUUUUGCCCCUUUCACUCCCUCCCCACUACUUGCUUUUGGGGCUGAAAAGGAAAAAUGGAAGAAUAAGUGUGACUAUUAAACAUUUUCCGCCUCAUUCCCUUUUGCCCCUUGAUGCUUGACCACCUGCCUUUCCUAUGCGUUUGCAUUGUGUGGCCUCUGCUUUCUUCCCUUUGCUGGCUGCCUCUCCCCCAUCCCUAUCAAAAUUCCUUGCAGAAUUCCUGGCAUCAGCUACUGUGGAGGCAAAAAAGGGGCAUAAAAGUGAGAUGAGAGCAAUAUGGUAGCUCCCUGAUUUGGCAAUGCUAAGUGACAGUCUUUAGACUGCAUGAAAUGAAAAGAAAAACUGAUUUCUCCUGUUUCUGUCAAUUUGGCUAAAUUUUUUACAAUUUUCUUUUUGUAGAUAGGAAAAUAUAGUGUAGUGAAAUAACCUAGCACAGUCCAGAUUGAACAACGGAAUAAGAAUUUCCACUUCAGUUCUUAAUUACUGUGACUACUGAGUAAACCAUUUGACAGGUAUGUCUCUCUCUCACUUACUUACUCACAGACACACACACACACACACACACACACACACACACACACACACACAGAGUUAGAGAUUAUUUUAAUUUUAUUUAAUCCCUUGAGGGUAUUAUAGUUAAACUAAAAAUAGAUUACAAGAUAGUUGCACAGCUCCUACCCAACCCCCACCCCCACUCCCUGCCAAUACUGGGAAUUUCCUUUUGAAUUUCCUUGAUCAUAAGCAUCCCAGAUCUGUGGUAGCUGAGGACACUUAAGAGAAUGUUGCUCUUUGGUUUGUGUGAAGUCAGUCAUUGAUCUUUCAAUAAUUUCUUAUGACUCUGAAUACUUUGAGUUAAACAAAUAAACAAAAAUCAGAUCUUUCAUGAAAAUAGAACUUACCUGUUUGAUGGAAAUUUUCAGUCCAAACCAAAUAGGCUUAAAGUUUUAACAAAUAUGUUUACCACUUUAGUUGAUUUCCUCAGGUCUCAAAGUUGUAUGCUGAGGGUCAGAAUAUAUACUUCUCUGUGUUUUCUACCUGUUAAUGUGAAUAAAAGGCCCCAGGUUCUGCCCUGCAUUAGAACCACUAGGGGAAAAAGAAGCCUGCAGGAAGUUAAUCCAGGAUCUGUUGGUCUUCCAAAAGCGUAAGCACUUUAGUUGGCUACCACGGCACGGCGUAGAGAAGGCUCUGAAGCAUUAAAUGGCAUCUGCAGAUUUUCUUUCUCUUUUUGAAGCCAUUUCCUGGCAGCACUACAUUACAUACCUCAAAAAUGUGAUGACCUGUAUCCCAGAAUUUCUUCAGUUUGGCCAAGUUAUAUUUUAGCCUCUUGUUUGAUGAAAUACAUAACUGUCAUGCAAAAUGUUUAUAAAGUAGUAAUGUGAAUACUGAAGUGGUGUUUGUGCCACUCUUAUCCUUGUUUCCAGCCCAUAAUUCAAUUUUCUCUGGUCAGAAAGGGGAAUACUUUAUGAUGACGUAUUUCCCCAAAUUUACCUCCACCAUGUGGGGACUGAUUCAGGUGUUACCUUGUCCACUUGUAAAAUUCUUGAAUUGCCCAGAUAGUAGGUAGAAGCAAAUUAAUAUGAAAAAGAGUCACCUUGAGGAAUAAAGAAGAAUUUUUUUUUUACUAAAAUUAGCUAAGAAAUAAGAUUUUCCCUGAUGGCAUAUUGACAAGAAUAUUGUAUCCAAGGGACAUUAAACUUAGGUAUGAAAGUGGAGAGGUGAUGAUUUUUCUUUUCACAGUUUGAUUUGGUGCCUGUGACAUUUGAAAGGAAAAACAACUCAUAAAUCAGGUUUGGCUCAUCCAUUUCCCCAACUUUAUCCAGAUAUUCUACUCCAGUAUACUCAUUACUCUUCAACAUCAGUACAUUUUAAUACAUAUGAAGAUGAAAUAUAAUGCACUGAAAAUCCUUCUUCAUAAUUAUUCUUGCAUAUGACAAGAUACCAACAAUUGUUUAGUGUUUAUAGUAUUUCUAAGAUGCAGUAUUGUAGGAGUUAAAAUGGUAAUACCAAAGAGUUAACUCAGGACUAUUUUCUUCCCAUUGUGUAUUAAUGUUUCAGUACUAAGAACAAGCAGUUUGAUAUUUGAUAUCAAAAAAUAUAUAGUUCAGUCUCAAGGUGGUACUGAACUUUGGCAUGUUGUAUAACUUAUGUCUGGUCCUGGAUCUGCCAAUGCCUGAUUCUUUGAUCUUGAGUAGGUCACUUUAUCUCUUUGGGCCUCAUUUUCUACAUCUGUAAAAUGAGAGGGUUGGAGUAGAGAGUCUCUAAAUUCCCUUCCAACUAUAAUGUUUUAUGGUUCUGUGUGGACAGUCAUAGCACAGGCCACUUCAGCUAUGCAAGUCAUCAACUUCCAACUUUUUCUGGAGGAUUACUAAUCUUCUUGACUUGGAAGGACCAUAUAUUAUCCACAUCAAAAAUGUUGGGCCUUAUGAAGAAAUACAGUUGCUUUAAAAGUCAUAGCAAGAUUGGUUCAGUGAUAAGAGCCACAGGGAUGUUUUAGCCAAGAUGGUUCCCCAGCAGUGGUUUUAUGCCUUGAGUAGCUUGUUUAAAGUGUUGAUUAUGCCUUUUCUUCCUUUUCCCAGUUUUUGAUGCACUAAGUACUUGGUUCAAAGCCCAUUAGACUAUGUGUGUGUGCACAUAUCUAUCUAUCUAUCUAUCUGUCUAUCUAUCUAUACACACACACACACACACACACACACACACACCACACACCUGUAAGCCACUAACUUGAAAUCAUUUUUUAACUUUGGUGCUUUUCAUGCACAUUGAUGGUAGAUAACAGAAAAGGGUCACUAAGGGUUGAAAGAAAAAUAAAUGAAAAAAAGGCCAAAACAAUGUGGAUUGGUUUGAUUCUCUUUCUUGACUCAGAUUGACAGCAGUGUUAUUUCAUUUUCCCAAUAUGUAUAUGGCCUAAAUAUAAGUAUAUGUAUAAGGCCUGAAAUAGCCUUUAAGGAAGAAUACUGGUACAGCAAGCAGAUAUUUGGGUGACUGUACUUUGGAAGUACAUCAAGAAAAGGGCAUUAUGGUUGAAUAUGUGAGAUUAGUGACUUCUGUUGGUUCCCUGUAAAUCAUAAAUACUCUAAAUGUGGCCUGUAGCUUGUCUAUGUAUGGAAAAAAAAAUAGUGCCCUCCAAGGCGAAGGCAACAUGGUAUGUGGAAAAGAGCACUGAAUCUGAAAUUUUAAAACCCAGGUUCCAAUCCUGACUCUGACACUAACUUACAGUCUGAUUUUCUUUAAGAGGUUGGCAACAUUGGAAAUUUAAGGUCCCUUUUUUACUCUAAAUCAUAUGAUUCUGAAUGAAAGAUGUCUACCUAUGCAAAGCUGUGCCUAGGGCCUAAUCAAAUCCCAUGGCCACUUACUGAAUAUUAGUGGUGACAUUCAUCAUUGUAAUAUAGCCCAUUAGACUCUAUAUAGGAGACCUGGUUUCUAAUUUUGGGUCUAUCACUAACUCUGUGACCUUGGGAAAGGUCCUUCUUUCCUCUGGACCUCAUUUUCCUCGUCUGCUUCAUGAAAUGAGAAGUUCUUUCUAACCCGUAAUGAUCUAUGCUUCCUUAAUGUUUCCACUAUCUGGUUUUGAAAUUUUCUUCGGAAACCAACACAAGAUUUUAGCAGCCCCACAAUCCAUCAUCUUGUUUCUAGGAAACUGCUAAUUCCCCCCUCCAAAGGCUCUAUAAGAUUAAGGGGAAUAUUUGCUAUAAACUAUUAGAGUGAAACUUGCUAGCUUUUGAAAAAGAAUUCAGAGAAAAAAGACACAUGAAAGUGACACAGUAACACAGUCACAGUUGCAUAUGUGAUGCGUUCUCAAAUAGGAAGAAGCCCCAACUGUGUAAGUUCUUGUCAUGAACAUACAGGUUUAAAGCUGUACCUUAAGUAUAUACUUGGUAAAAUAUUAAAAGAGGAAAUUAUAGCAUCAGCCCUUUGAGGGGGACAGUUAAGGGAAGGGACUUAGAAUGAUAAUAGAGAGUUGUUUAGUUGCUUUCAGUCAUGUCCUGCCAUUCAUGACCCCAUUUGGGAUUUUCUUGGCAAAGAUACUGGAGUGGUUUGCCA